AUGGAUGGCAUGCGACCACCAGAAGCCUUUUCUCUACAGGGCAACAUCACAGAUAACUGGAAGAGGUGGAAACAGCGUUUUGAGCUGUAUUUAACAGCUAGUGGACUUGACAAAAAGGACUCAAAAGUACAAACAGCGACACUGCUUCACAUUAUUGGUGAAGAGGCGUUAGAAAUUUACAACACAUUUUCUUUUGAGCAGGUAAUUUCAUCGUCAGGACAACCUGUAGCACCGACAUUAAAAGACUUGCUGGAGAAAUUCACUGUACAUUUUGAGCCACAGUCCAACGUGACUUUUGAGAGACAUGUAUUCAACACAAGAUUUCAACAUGAAAACGAGUCAUUUGACCAGUUCGUCACAGACUUGAAGAAAAAAGCUAAAUCAUGUGAGUUUGAGCAUCUUCGAGACAGUCUGAUAAAAGACAGAAUUGUUGUUGGAAUACGUGAUGAUGGUACCAGAGCAAGACUACUCAGAGAAAAAGACUUGUCUUUGGAGAAAGCAAUAGACAUUUGCAAGGCAACUGAGAUAACUUCGCAACACAUUGCAGAGCUGAAGCCCAAACAGAACAUUCAUGCAAUGCAGGCAACAUCGAUGACUAGGAAGACAUGCCCUAAGUGUGGAAAUAAGCAUCCACCCAGAAAAUGCCCUGCAUAUGGCAAAGAAUGCCAUACCUGCAAAAAGAAAACCCAUUUCAGCUCCAUGUGUAGAGAUCGGGAUCGGGAUGACAGAGACCAAGGAAGGUUCCAUUUGGAGGACAAACUCGCAACAAAAAGGGUCAUCGCUUCAGCAAAAGAGGGAUCCAUGACAUCCAACAGGACAGUGAAUACAGUGAUGCCGACAGUGAAGAGUUCCACGUCGACGCCAUCAAUGGAGUCCAGCAGAACGAGGAGAAAUCGAAAAAAGAAUGACGUGUUUGAAGGCCUUGGAUGUAUGGGGGAACCACAGCAUUUAGAUGUUGAUAAAUCAAUCAGUCCAACAAUCCAUCCUCCAAGGAAAGUCCCAGUAGCAAUAAAACAAGGUGUGAAAAAUGAGCUCAAUAGAAUGGAAGAAAUGGGUGUGAUAGUAAAGCAAACAGAACCAACACAGUGGGUAAGUUCGAUGGUCACAGUAGCAAAGAAAGGGAAAAAUAAGGUAAGAAUAUGCCUAGACCCUAGGGACUUAAAUAAAGCAAUAAAAAGACCACACUACCCGAUGAAGACAAUUGAUGACAUUACUGAUAAUCUAGCCGGCGCACAGAUCUUUAGUACAUUAGAUGCUAAUUGCGGUUUCUGGCAGAUUCCUCUUGAUGACGAGAGUUCAAAACUUCUCACAUUUAAUACGCCCUACGGCAGAUAUAGAUUUCUUAGAUUACCAUUUGGAAUCAACUCUGCUAGUGAGAUAUUUCAGAGAAUUAUGACCGAUAUGUUUAGCGACAUAGAAGGUCUAGAGGUUCUGGUAGAUGACAUUCUAAUAUAUGGCCCCUCAGAAAGUGUCCAUGAUCAAAGGUUGAAGCAAGUACUAGAAAGGUGCAGAGAAAAAUGCAUCAAACUCAACCCAGACAAAUGCCAUAUCAGGCAAACACAGGUCACAUACAUGGGACACAUAGUAUCUACAGAAGGACUAAAACCAGACCCAAAGAAAAUAGAGGCAAUCACAAAGAUGCCUACCCCACAGAGUAAAAAGGGUGUUCAACAAUUCCUAGGAAUGGUAAACUACUUAGGCAAGUUUAUCCCUAACUUGACAGAGAAAUCAGCACCAAUUAGACUACUACUAGAAAAAGAUGUGGCAUGGCACUGGGAUGACAAAAAAGAAGCAAGUUUCAAAGCGCUUAAAGAAGCGGUAACAAAUGCUCCAGUGUUAAAGUACUACGAUGUAAGUAAACCAGUCAAGUUAAGCGUAGAUGCAUCGCAAGCAGGCACGGGCGCAGUCCUACUACAAAAUGGACAUCCAGUGGCAUAUGCGUCAAAAGCAUUUACUGAUGCUCAGACACGAUAUGCUCAAAUUGAGAAGGAGCUAGCCGCGAUUGUAUUUGGUUGUAAGAAAUUUCACCAAUAUAUAUUUGGACGCACAGUGGAUGUAGAAACGGAUCAUAAACCACUUGAAACGAUAUUCAAGAAACCACUGCAUGCUUCCCCACCGCGACUCCAAAAAAUGCUCCUCAAUCUGCAAAAAUAUGAUCUGCGCGUAACAUAUGAAAAGGGCGUCAACCUUUUCAUAUCCGACUGCCUCAGUAGAAAUUUCCUAGCCAAUCAAAGUGAUGAUGUUGAUGUGGAAGAGAUACCCAUAUGCAUCAUUGACAAACUUCCCAUCGCAGACAAACGAAUGAAAGAAAUAAAAGAUGAAACUAAAAAGGAUGAAACGCUACAAAAGCUCCGUAAAGCAAUCCUAACUGGAUGGCCAAAUGAAAAAAGGGAAGUCAGUGAAGAAAUUCGACAAUACUGGGAGUAUAGAGAACUACUAACAGUAGAAGAUGAAUUAAUAUGCAAAGAUGCGCGAGUGAUAGUACCAAAAUCACUUAGAAAAAAGAUGAUCGGAAAAGUACAUUGUCAUGCACACCAAGGAAUAGAAAAGACUAAGAAAUUAGCGCGAGACAUCAUGUACUGGCCCGGCAUGUCAGCACAAAUUGCAGACAUAGUUGCUUCAUGUGAAAUAUGCAACACAUAUAAGCAAAACAAUGCAAAUGAACCAAUGAUUGGUCACACAAAACCAGACCAACCAUGGCAAAAAGUAGGCUCAGAUAUCUUGGAAUUAAAUGGAAAGCACCAUUUAAUACUGGUAGACUAUUACUCUAGUUUCUUUGAACUUUGCGAACUAAAAAACAUGACAACAUCAACAGUCAUAAAGCACUGCAAAGAGCAUUUUGCUAGAUACGGGAUACCGAACGAAUUCGUAUCAGAUAAUGGACCAUGUUAUGCUUCGAGCGAAUUUAAGAAAUUCAGCCAGGAGUAUAAAUUCAAACAUGUAACUAGCUCCCCUGGAUAUCCCAAAUCCAAUGGGAAAGCUGAAAGCGCUGUCAAAAUAGCAAAAAAUUUGCUGCGCAAAUCUAGCGAUAUACAUCUAGCAUUGCUGCAAUAUCGCAACACACCGUUGGAAGGUUUAGACGCUUCUCCUGCCCAACUACUAAUGGGACGAAGGACGAGAACACCCCUACCAACAAACAAGAGGUUAUUAAAACCUUAA